AAAAUGGAGGACAGACGACGUGUGGAGAAUUUUGACAUGGAGAGAACGAUUCAUUUCCUGAAACAGGAACUUUCCAAACAAGAUCCUAUGGUUCUGGGCGUUGGAGUAGCUGUGGCUGUUGUAAUUCUUACUAUUGUAUUUCUUUUUAUACUUGCAAGAAGGAAAAACAAAAGGAACUCUGUUCUUCUCGUUGGACUGUGUGAUGCAGGAAAGACUUUACUAUUCAGCCGAUUGGUCCACAAUAAAUACAUCAACAGCUAUACAUCAAUCAAGGAAAACUCUGGCAUCUAUCAGUUGACUGGAAGAAAGAAGGGCGCCCUCGUGGUCAUUGAUGUGCCAGGAAAUGAUCGCCAACGUAUGCAAUUUUGGGACCGCUUUAAAAACCAAGCCAGGGGCAUUAUUUUUGUGGUAGACAGCGCAUCCUUCCAGAGUGAGCUAAAAGAAGUAGCUGAAUUCGUGUACACCUUACUCUCUGAUCACAUCAUCAGCCAACACAAGCUUUCUGUGCUCAUCGCUUGUAACAAACAGGACAUGGCUGUGGCAAAGUCCAGCAAGAUCAUCCAAGAAAGACUAGAAAAAGAAAUGAACACCUUGCGAGUAAGCAGAGCAGCCACUCUGGGCAGCACUGAUGGGUCCAGUGGCGGGGAGGUUUUCCUCGGAGCUAGAGGGAAAGAGUUUAAGUUCAGCCAAUUGUCCCCAGUCACUGUGGAGUUUGCAGAGUGCAGUGCAAAGGGAACCAGUGAUGAAGACGGACAAGGAGAGCUCAACAUUGUGGAAGAGUGGAUGAACAGGAUUGCGUGAGUUCAGGCACAAAAAUGUGUGGAUAAUCGGCAAAUGAAUAUUCGAUAGUUACUUAUGAAUAUUUAAUACAUACUGUGAAUUGUCAACACAAACUCAUGAAUAUUCAAUAGGUACUGUGUAUUAUUGUCAAAACAAGUUCAUGAAUAUUCAACAGAGCUGUGAUUAUUCAAAACUUUUUAAAGUUAAACACAUACUGUGAAUGGUCAACACAACCUCAUGAAUAUUCAACAAACCUGUGACUAUUCAAUACUUUAUUAUGAAUAUUCAUCACAUACUGUGAAUUUUCUACACAAACUCAUGAAAUUAAACAGAACUGUGAAUAUUCAAUACUUAAAUAAUUCGAAGUGAACAGUUUUGAAUACUGAAAGAAGCCCAAAGUGUUACUGUUAUUUGAGCCUUAUUGUACUUUAAUUCGAUAGUGUAAAGAAAAACUCAAUUUUAAAAGACAUUGAGUUUCUGUGCACUUGCUUUUAAAAACACUAUACAGUUCGUUAAAAGACUUUCGUUUGCUCCUUAUUUCUGUUUAAACACAAGCAUUAAUAAUCGAGCAUUUUGUAUGAAAUCAAUCUGCAUGUUUUAUCUUCAAACACUUAAAAAUUAAUUUGUCAGAUUGACUAAGUCUACUGCAAAACAUUAGUUUCAUUAUAUUGGGGGUAAGAUACAAAUUUGUUAUGCUGUAUUGACAACUCAUGUUUUUAAAUAAUAAAACGAAACAAAAACAAUCGACUGGUAAAAAAAGUAAGCUUAGUACGUGU